UGGCAGUGUCAUGUCAAAUUCUGCUAAUGACCAACGCGUUAUUAUUCAGACCGAUAUCGACUUUUUUUAUGGCCAGGUCGAAGAGCUUGAGAAUCCAGCCCUGAAAAGUCAGCCGUUUGGCGUUCAGCAGAAGCAUAUCAUUGUCACUUGCAAUUAUAUCGCCCGAGCAAAAGGUGUGCGCAAACUACAAUUACUUGGCGACGCCUUGAAAGCUUGUCCUGAGCUUUUCAUUGUCAACGGAGAGGAUUUGGCGAGAUAUAGAGCCGCGUCGAAAGGUAUAUUUCACCUUGUAAGAAGCCUAGUGACAGGUCAAAAAGUAGAACGCCUUGGCCUCGAUGAGCUCUUCAUAGAUGUUACAGAUAUGAUGGAAGCUCAUCUGACCGAGCUUGGAUGGAACGGUGAUCCUGACUCGACAACGGCACUCGAAGAAGUACAGACUUUUCGAAUUCCGUUGAAUGGACAGAGUUUCACAUACAAUCCAUACAACUGGAUAGGCUUUAAGAUCGACAGCGAUGGAGAUCGUAUGAGUCAGUCUUCACAAUCCCAGAAACGUCUUAGCUGGCAGACGAUCAAGCUUCACGCCGCGUCGCACCUUGCGUUCUACAUAAGAAAUCAAAUCAAAGACCGUCUUGGGUUCACAUGCAGCGCUGGAAUCGCGACAUCCAAAAUAUUUGCGAAACUUGCCGCAGACGUACACAAGCCCAAUGAUCAAACCCUGCUAUGUCCUGAUAAAUACGCAGCGUUUCUUGAGCCAUUGCAUAUUAGAAAAAUCAUGGGUAUUGGAUACAAAGCUAGCCGCACGCUUUGUAAGAAUCUAGGAUUGCUGAAAGACGAACAUCAGGCGAACGAAGACGACGCACUGGACGAUGUCGAAGAAGCGGCACAGGAAGGCGAAGCCUGGUAUUUACCAGAACUUACUGUAUCAUAUGUUCAUCAACACUGUACUAUACAACAAUUUUUAAAAUGGUUUGGAGAUCGACAAGGACCUCUGCUGUGGGAUUUAAUUCAUGGCAUCGACAACUCUCAAGUUUUGCCAACUCCCCUAAUUCCAAGUCAAAUAUCCAUCGAAGAUUCCUUCAGGCUUUGUAAAACCAUGGCAGAUGCCACAGCCAGACUGCAUGACCUCUCCAUCGAUUUCAUUCAACGGUUGGAGGUGGAGUUAAGGGUCAAAGACGAAUUUGUAAAGUAUCCCACGACGUUACGCCUUACCACGCGUAACCGAGGAAAAAACGACGACGGCACUUGGCGAGACUCCAAAGGUUUGCGAGACACCCGAAUCAGCAAAAGCAGUCGCAUGCCGGUCGAUGUAUUUGAUAUAUCCCGUUCGAUACCCGAGCGAGCCGACGCUCUCGUUGAGCAGUCGCUUCUACCUAUGCUCAGAAAUUUGGUGAAAGAGCCGUUUGCAUUGACUCUCCUCAACAUAGCUGCUGCCCAUCUUUCAACAAAACGGCCGGCCACGUCCAUCCAAAACUUAUUUGCAAAAGGAAAGAGUAUAGAAGAGACUUCACCAACUACCACGCCUCCACUGCAGCAGCCAUUAAAACGAAAACGUAGCAAUGAAGAAGUGGAUUAUGACGAUGACACAGGAUUCGCCCCUUCUGACUAUGAAUCAAUGGUAUUGUUAGGUGACGGAGACGAGACUUGGGACACAUGCAGUAUUUGCGGAAAAGCCAUGUUCACUUGGGGAAUGCAAGCCCACAGGCUAUACCACGAAAAGGAAACAAGAAAUCAAGAGUAGAAGUAAUGUCAUAUAUAUUUUUUUUAUUUCGUUUUUUAAGUCAGAAGUAAAGCUAAGUAUACUAGU